AUGACGGACGCGGAUGUGUAUGCGUACGAGCACGAGCUCGACGAGGCCGACGAGUGGGAGGCCGCACAUGCACUUGACAUUGAAGCCGCUGAAGAGGAGAUGCAUGCGAUGAGGUUUUUCGAGAAGUGUGAAGCCGGAGAGAGUCAGCAAGAGAAGUCUGCUGGAGGUGCGGUCGAUGGUCAACCUCUGGAUAGGGAUCCCGAGGCCGACAACGUGGGAGAUGGACUGGCGAUACCGCCACAGCGUCGAUUGGAUCAGUUGCUGGCACGAUGUGAGACGCUUUUGGGCGAGGGCAAAAGAGAUCAAGACGUGGUCAGAGCGUCUCGACUCGUGGAGGACAUGGAGGUCUGUCCGAAGCGUGGGACUUCUGCUUCGAGCAAGGACACAGCUACAGCCGCGUAUCUGCACAACCGCCCACCUAUUGAUGUGGACUCGCUGUCUGUGGUGCUGGGCGAUGGCAAGCGGUUGUUUUUGCGCAAGAAACGACCGAGAACUACGACUGCUGCUUCUAGUAGCUCGACUCGAGCGACGACAGCGUCUCUUGUUCCUAUUCGAGAAAUGAUGGAAGCUGUUGAGAGGAUGGAGAUCAAGGAAGCAGCUUUGAAAGAGGACGAGGCUUUGCUGCAGGAGCAUGAAGAAGCGUGCAACGACUACUGUAACAUGUCAAACACUGUUUUGUGGCUGGACAAGUACCGGCCAAAGAGCUUUUUGGACCUAUUGAGCGACGAGCGAACGAACCGCGAGGUCCUCACUUGGAUCAAAUCGUGGGAUCAAUACGUGUUCCCGAAGAAGGGGCGUGUGAAUGGUGCACCAUCAGUACCCGCUACGACACACACCUAUCGUAACUCGUGGCACCACGCCAGUACACACGCGCACACUAGUAGCAGUGACGGGGUCGAGAACGAGGAGGAUAAGCGACCGUUCCACAAGAUCAUUCUCAUUUGCGGUCCGCCUGGAGCGGGUAAAACAACGCUGGCCAACAUUGUUGCGCACCACGCUGGCUACAAUCCUCUCGAAGUGAAUGCCAGUGAUGACCGUACGGCAUCCGUAUUGCGCAACAAGAUCAUUAGUGCUAUGGAAAUGCAAUCCAUCUGGGGCGAUCGUAAACCCAAUUGCAUCAUCCUUGACGAAAUUGACGGUGCCAUGAACGGCAGCGACGGCAAGUCGGCCAUCGAGGUCAUCCAAGAGAUUGUGGAUGCUCCUCUGGUAAAGAAGAAAGGAGGCACAAAGACGUCCGCUAAGAAUCGUCAUCCGCUGACCCGUCCCCUCAUCUGUAUCUGCAAUGACUUGUACGCUUCGGUGUUGCGUCCACUGCGUCGAAUGGCGAAGGUUUUCACACUGGAUGCACCGCAUCCGCAACGUCUCGUUACGCGCUUAAAGCAAAUUUGUCGUCAUGAGGGAAUCAAAGCUUCCACUGGCGCGCUAGCAAGUCUUUGCUCCAGCGCUGGCAACGAUAUUCGCUAUUGCUUGAACACGCUACAGUUCCAAAGCACUCAGUCGCGUGAAGCUGCGGUGAACAAAUCGACCCCCGUUGUGGCAUUCAGCUGUGGCGUGAUUGCGCAAAAAGACCAUGCGCAUGGCAUGUUUGAGGCGCUGGAUCUUGUGUUCUACGAAGCGCGGUCGAAGUCAGCGAAAGGACAGCUCCCUGCUGCUGAGAAGAUAACGUCAGCUGUUUUGUCGCUGGGUAAUUCGUCCUUAUUGCUAAACGGUUUGGACGAGAACGUCCCCAAAAUGAUCUUUAACGACCCCACCAUGACCAAGAUUUGCGAUGUUUUCGAGUGGCUAGGACUUGCGGAUGAGUACGAGAGCCGCGCCCACGCAGAGCAGCAGUACGUGUUUCAAUCAUACAUUCCGUUUGCUGCCAUCGCGACGCACGCGUCUUGCUGCACAAGCUCUAGACGUCGUGUGGAGUACCCUCGUACUCAAUUCGAAGCCAAAAAGCGGAGCGAUCGCGCCGAGAGCAUCCUUGGGGCACUGGUAGAAGGAGCACAGUUGCAGCCCGUUCUGCGGUUGGGCACCAGUGACCUCGUCGUUGAUGUCGUGCCGUGGCUGGUUGCGAGUUUGUCGCCCAGUCUUCGCCGCACCAACCCGUCACUGCAGACAAAGGAGGAAAAGGUCAUGAUCCAGCGACUCAUCCAGCUAAUGGCGUCGCUGGGACUGUCGUUCCAGCACAAGUACUUGCCCGAUGGAAGCGAGGAUUACGCACUUGAACCACCACUGAACGAACUCGUGGAGUUUCGAAGCGAUGAGGGCAAUGCAGCGUACCGACCCGUGCUUCCACUGACUGUGCGAAAGAUGAUUGCUCGAGAAGUGGAGCUGGAGCAGAUGCGUCGGAAUGAAGCCACGGCUUCGUUGAGGCGAAAGGGUAGCAGCAAGGUGAUGAGCGAGGUGGCUCGCGAAUCGAGCGACGCAACUAUCGAAGAGAAGGCUGCCAAGAUCACCUACGCUCUACCGGAACUCAGCGAGGUAGAGCAGGCAAAGAAGAACGAGGCUUUGCGCAAGCGGAACCCCUUCGCAUUCGCCCAUCGAGAAGCGAAACGCAAGCGCGACAAGGAGCUGGAUGCAAAGCUGAAGCGGCAGCACACAGCGGCUGCGAACGUGCACUCGAUGGUGCGCUACAAGUACAACGAAGGCUACACGUGCGGCAUCAAGACAACAGUGUACGUCCGCGAUUUGUUAUAA